CGGCCGGGUUAGAUUUUGCUUGAUGACCAAGUCAAGCCCAAUGGAUGUAAAUAGAACAAGAAGUUCUGAAUACAAUGGCUUUAUUCUAAAUCUGUUAUUAUUUUAUAUGUGAUUGAAUUGCUAUUUUCAUAGAUUACUGUACUGACAAAUCAAAAAGUUCAAUUUUGUAAAUGAGAUGAUCAUCAAUCAAACAAAGGCUGCAAUACAAUGAUUUUGAAGGUUGACUUUUCAGGCGCCACAAAGUUUUCCAACAAUUUAUAAACUGAGCAAAUUGCAGUAUAAUAUAGGCUUAAUUACACUAAUGCUCUCUGAAACUUCAGUCAAAUCUUAUUUUAUUCCCCGAAACUUUAAAUAAUCCACUUUCAUAUUUUGAUCGAGAUUUAAUGACCCACUUUGCCUCCUGCCUUCAACUCCAUCCAAAAUUCUGUUAAAAUUGAUGAUGUGGCAUGAGUUUAUUGGUAAUUUCAUACACAUAGAUCAUUAAACCAAAUGAGUGAGUGACGUGACAAGUGGAGCCUAGCUCUGCGUAGAUAAAAAAAUAAAAUAAAAUUUUCGAAUAACUAAAAAUUAAAAUAAACUUCAUAAAAAAUAAAAUAAAAUAAAAACUCAAAAACCUUCCUCCAAUCCUCUCAUCUACGCACCCCAAACCCAACCCACACCAUCUACAGCCGCCACCACUCCACCACUCCACCACUCCACCAUCCAUUUCCACAAACCCAACCCACCACCACACCACACCAUCCCUACCUACAAACCCAACUCCACCCAGCAUUUAUAACCACUCAGCAUGACAGUAAUCUUCCCCCCAAAAUCACCAAAUCAAAAUUUUCCAAAAAUGAAGAAGACGAAAGCGGGCAAGAUCUGGUUUUCUGGGGUUGAGCUGAGCAGAUCUUGGGGUGGGGCGCGAUUGUUUUGGGGUCAAAGUUGUAUGGGGUAAUUUUGGGUCUUUAAAUUUUAUGCUCAUCGCUUAAUUGUCUCUAGGUGCGGCUGGACAUGGCAGCCCCUCGCACAAAGAUUGAGUAAAGAUUUGAUAUCUGCAUAUAUUUAUUGGUCUAGGAAAAGGAUUUUCUUGUUCUUUUUCUUGUGGGGUUAUGAGAUCUAGGAAAUUGUCUCAUGAAGAAGAACUGAGGAAGGAAGAAUGUGAUGAUUAAAAUUGAGAUCUGCAUAUUGAGGAAGGAAGAAGGAAGAAUAGGGAUCUGCAUGUAUUCUAAGAAAUUAAAAACUGAGAGUGGUUCAUUGGAUAAGAAAGAAGGUGAUGAUUGACGAAGGACAAAAAAAUUUAAAAAAACAGCUACCUGUAUUUCACGGAAGUGGAUUUGAGUCUUGACAAACAAAAAACAUCAAUUCCUUAAGGGUUUUUGAGUUUUUUUAUUUUAGUUAUUAGAAUAUUUUAUUUUUAUUUUUAUUUAUAUGGAGGUAGACUCUACUUGCCACAUCACCAACUCAAUCGGUGUAAAUGAUUCAUGUGUAUGAAAUUACCAAUAAGCCUAUGCCAUAUCAUCAAUUUUAACAGAGUUUUGGAUGAAGUUGACGGCAAGAUGCAAAGUGGGUUACUAAAUCUCGGUCAAAGUAUGAAAAUGGGCCAUUUUAAGUUUCGGGGGUAAACUGAGAUUUGACUAAAGUUUCAGGGUGCAUUAGUGUAAUUAAGCCUAUAAUAUAUGCAGUUCAUAUGAUGGGGGGCAUUGGUAUAUAGAUAGGUUCACUUAAUGGUGCCUUUCAAAAAUUUCUUCCUCACAAUUCUCACCCUCUGAGUCUCGGAGUUUGGCAGCCAUGGUGGCAAAGCUUAUGCAUGCGGUUCAGUACAAAAGCUAUGGUGGAGGACCUUCUGGUUUAAAGCAUGUUGAGAUUCCAAUCCCCUCUCUGAAGAAAGAUGAAGUUUUGCUGAAAACAGAAGCAGCUAGUCUGAAUCCAAGUGAUUUUAAAAUUCAGAAAGGCCUGGCACGCCCUUUUUUACCACGCAAAUUGCCUCACACACCUGUUACUGAUGUAGCCGGAGAGAUAGUAGAGGUUGGACAAGGAGUCAAGAAGUUCAAAGUGGGAGACAAAGUUGUGGCAUUACUGAGCUAUGGUAAUGGAGGUGGACUGGCUGAGUUUGCUGUAGCUAAAGAGAAACGAGUAGUUGCUAGGCCUCCCGAAGUUUCGGCAGCUGAAGGUGCAGGCUUACCUAUGGCUGGUCUCACAGCUCACCAGGCUGUCACCAAGGAUGCAAGGAUCAAGCUUGAUGGAACUGGCCAGCUGAAGAACAUACUGAUUACUGGUGCCGCCGGUGGUGUUGGUCUCUAUGCAGUCCAACUAGCAAAGCUUGGAAACACUCAUGUUACCGCCACCUGUGGAGCUCGGAACAUUGAAUUGGUGAAGAGCUUAGGGGCAGAUGAGAUUCUUGACUACAAAACACCUGAAGGGGCAUCCCUGAAGAGCCCGUCAGGUCGAAAAUAUGAUGUUGUGAUCCACAGUGCAUCAUCAGCCAUUCCUUGGUCAGUCUUCGAGGCAAAUUUGAGUGCAAGAGGGAAGGUAAUAGACCUUACUAUUGGUGCAAGUAAUCUGUUUACUUUUGUUCUGAAGAAAAUCACUUUCUCCAAGAAGAAGCUGGUGCUACUGGCUAUAAGUGCCAAGGCUGAGAACCUGGAUUGUCUUGUUAAGUUGGCCAAGGAAGGAAAACUCAAGACAGUAAUUGACUCAAACUACCCUCUGAGCAAGGCUGAAGAUGCUUGGGCUAAAAGAAUCAAUACCCAAUGCACUGGGAAGAUCAUUGUGGAGCCUUGAGUAGACAAAAUUUCCUAGGAUUGUAAACUUCAUGAAACUUUUUGCAAUUGUAGUAAACCUCAUGUACAAAAGAAUAAAACCUCAUGUACAAAAGAAUUAUGUAGUUAAUAGUGUGUGGAUUUUUCUUUUUCUUUUUGGUUUUAUGAACCAUUGGAUAUUGUAAAUGAGAAGGUUUGGGACUAAAUGUUCAUUUUCAACUGUUAGUAGUAUUUGACAGUAUUUCAGA